AUGGAUCCGACGCAUAUCCCUCCUGUCGGCCCUUCGGACGGUGCGGAGCUGCCCCACGAGAAUCAGCAAGCCUUCGAAAUGCCCACCCACGCCGCCGACCUGGUCGCUCCGGACGAAAUGGUCAGCACGUCGGCCUAUAACAACAACGGAUACAGCAGCGACUCGCGAGCCAAUUAUUCCUCCCAUACCUACGAGUUCAACUCGCCCAGCCGGGAUGCCCAGUCGGUGGAUGGCGACCGAGCUCGUCCGACCCUGUCGCCCACAUUGACCCAUCAGCCGCUCCCCCCGUCGUCGUCGCGACCGAGCUCCGGACUGUCCCAGAACCAUGACCGACCCGCCAACUCGCAACUCACCCAGGAGGUGGGCCAGAAGCAGUCGCAGCAAUCGAAAAACAGCGUGGUGAUCAAGGUCGGCAUGGUGGGCGAUGCGCAGAUCGGCAAGACGAGUCUGAUGGUUAAAUACGUGGAGGGGAGCUGGGAUGAGGAUUACAUUCAAACGCUGGGCGUCAACUUCAUGGAGAAGACGAUUUCCAUCCGCAAUACGGAGAUCACCUUUUCGAUCUGGGAUCUUGGUGGUCAGCGCGAAUUUGUCAACAUGCUUCCGCUGGUGUGCAACGAUGCCGUGGCCAUCCUGUUCAUGUUCGACCUCACCCGCAAGAGCACGCUGAACUCGAUCAAAGAGUGGUACCGUCAGGGCCGAGGAUUCAACAAGACUGCCAUUCCUUUCCUGAUCGGCACGAAGUACGAUCAUUUCGUCAACUUCCCGCGCGAGGACCAGGAGGAGAUUUCCAUUCAGGCGAGGCGAUUUGCCCGGGCCAUGAAGGCUAGCUUGAUUUUCAGCAGUACCAGCCACUCGAUCAACGUGCAAAAGGUUUGUCUUGUCUUUACUUUCAAAGGGCUGUACUGA